AUGACGUCGGGCAACUUUGACAUGACGGACGAUCGCGUGACAUCCCCAGACCGCCGCGACCUACUCCAUCAUCUUUCCCUGGCGGCCAUGAUCCCCGGCAUCGCGGUCAUCGUGCGACAAACUACGACCAACAUCGAUGCCGGCGCGGGUCUGCCGUGGAAAAACGUCAUGGGCUUCUGGAUACUCGGUUACACAGACUUUAUUAUGGCGAUCAACUCCACCGGCACGGGCAGCGCCUCGUACGAUGCCAGAGCCAAUGCCAGCACGGAAUUGCAAUCCAAGAAGAAGCGCCCCCUCAUCACUGCUGAGACCAAGGCCAAGCAGGUCACAGGCGCCAAUGGAAAGUGA